UGCAGUAUGAACCCACGUGGCUGAAGAUGACUAAAUCUGCAAUAGUAAAAUUACUUAUGGCAAUAAUAAUCAUAUUUAUCAUUUGCAUCCCUGAAUUAUUCAAGACACUGAAAGGAAACUCGAUGAUCUUGUCUUGCAGUGAUACAUGUUCCACUGACACUACUCACACAACUUUAACAUGUUUUCUGCAACAAAGCGAGGAAAAGAACCUUUUGGAAACCUUCUCAACAAACAAGCAAAAUAUAUCAACCAUAAUCCUCAAUGUUUGUAUGAAUAUGUCUCAUGAUCACUCGCAGCGGUUUAUUUGUCAUCCAAACAGAUAUUUGGAUCCUUUACACAAGCAUAUGAACUCAAGUGGUAACAAAGCAGAAAUCUCUUUUGAAAUAAGAGGAACAUAUUUUGUCCACCCCUUUGAAGAGCAUCAUUUCCUUCUGGUGAAUUCUAAGGAAGACAACAAGACGUCUAAUACGUUCAGCCUAAAAAUACACCCAUUGAAUAUUAGUGACUCCAUAGAUUCUCCUUUCCACAAAAAAGAACUGAAAGGGAAGAAUGGACACAUCAGUGUAUCUCUACAGUAUGAACUUUAUGUGCCAUAUUAUUUGGACACUCUUGGAAUCUUUUGGUUGGUUCUAGUUUCAGCGGUCUUCCUGCUUGCUCUGUGCAGUGUUAUCUACAAAAUAUUUAAAGUGAGGAAAAAUUCUGCAGCUAAAAUUUAUAUGCACAACAGAGGCAAAGCUGUGAAAAACAAAAAGGAAAAACAAAAACUGUGCACACACCUACGCUGCCCUCACAAAGAACACACCGUGGUUGAGAACAAAAAUAGCAAAGUCCGUCUGUCAAUAGGGAGGUCUUGCUCACUUUCCAUAAUCCAGGAACACUGAUACAAAUGAAGCCAGUGCCAAGGAGAAGCAGGCCACGCACAAAAAGCUAACCCAAGAGAUCUGUGGAUGCCAAGGGAAAAUAGCAUGCGUCUGGGAAAGACUCUGGAGAAUCCAACAGACAAAGAAAAAUUUGGUACAAUGUAAAAAUGAGGCUACAUACUAAGUGGCACACCGACAUUGCCACCAUACAUGCUUAGCCAGGAUGACUUACACCGUUGAACUUCCCAAGGCACAGCUGACCCUAUCUUAUGUCUGGUUUAAGGAUAGGGCAAUGAUAGCACUGGGCCCCACAAGAAAUAAGUGAAAUUUACAAACAAUUUACUUCUGACCCUUUGGUAAAGAGAAACUAACACCAUCAUCAGUUUUUAACUGCUGUUCCCACUGCAGAGAUCUGCCCACUUCCCAGCCACAACAACCACACUGUUCCCCAGAUGUAGAGCUACAGAAUAUCCCAUGGGUGGCAUCCUUCCUGUUUAGCUGUAUUAUUUCUGGUCCACUGGCUCAUUUGCAGAGUUCUAUCACACUAGCAGAAUUACCAACAAAUCUUCUUUAUGCAAAUUGUUAUUAAUAUUAUGAUUUCACUCUCUGGUCCGGUGUUAUGAAAAACCACUGACAACUAGUUACAGUUUUAUAUACAGGUAUGGGAUCCCUUAUCCGGAAACCCAUUAUCCAGAAAGCUCCGAAUUACGGAAAG